UUGAAGUUAAGUGGUGAAACUGUGUAGAGCUUGGCGCGCGCGGUGUUGUUCGUAAAGGACAAACUUGGAACAAAACAACAAGAACAAAGAAUAACGCGUGUGUUUAACGGUGUUUUGCAAGGAGGGAGAGUGUCCAACGGCUAACCAUAACAACUCAAAUGGAAAGACGCAGCGCUUAGCGUGGGUCACGUGCCAUGACUUACGAAAUAUAGCAACAAAACCUGAAAAGACAGAUUAUUCGCGUCAAUUAAAUCACCAAUGUUGUGCGAAAUGCAAUAUCAGCUACACCUAGGUAAAAAUUAGGGCUUAGCAAGCGAUGAAAGCACAUUAAAAUUGAAGGGAAAGCCGUCAAUUGCAUGUCCGUUCACGACGAAAAUUCGACAAUCGCGUGAUAAAGGCGAAAUUUUGUUGUUUUUGUUUUUGCAACACUGACAACUGAGGAAUACACGCGAGCGCUGAAGCGUGACUGACUGCGUGAGUAUCAAAGUAUUUGGACAGGAGACUGACUCAUUGACACGUGUCGUUUCGGGGCGUCGACUUCAGUAAGAUGAUAAAAGGCAGGUAUUAAUGGUGGGAAAAUAAUUAAACAAAGGUAUUAAAAGCUCUAACGAAAUGAAAAUAAAAAGUACAAAUAAGGGACUGCCGCUUCAAGAAUUUCAUGGAAAAAAUAUUGCAUGCCUACAGACGCCUUAAACUUGUUUUUCUUUAUUGCCCGCUAAAACCUUAAUGCAAUUGCACAGAAGCCAAUAUCUGGUCAAAGAUUAUUUGCUGGCUCACUACAAGUGUUUAUGGCGUUUCCUGCCCAGACCGUCUCCAAUCCAUCUCUCUCCCAUUCUAAAAAGAAAUUUGUUGAGGUAGCAGGAAAGUGCUUUGACUGAUAUUGGAAACCUUGCUUGUAUAGCAAAAGUAAGAGAACACCCCUCGAAUGAGAGAGACAUUAAGUCAAAUGAGAUGAAAUGUACAAAAAUUAAAAUUAAAUUUACACACAAGACAGCUAAAAAAUAAAAUAAAAAGAAAUAAACUAAAAUUAAAUAAAAGAAUAUUAAAUUAAAUAAAAAUAAAAAUAAAAAUAAUAAUAAAAAUUAAAUUAAAAUUUUAAUUAAAAAAAAUUAUUUUUAAUUGAAUUAAAUUAAAAUUUAAAUGAAAAUAAAUUAAAUUAAAUGAAUUAAAAUUUAAAUAAAAUUAAAAAAAACACAUAUAUAACUUAACAUAACAUAAAAUGUAUGAAUAAUUUAUUAUUUCAAAUAUUACUAAAUGCAAAUUUUCGAACGAAUCUUCGAAAGCCCACCCACCACCACACUUCUACUUAUCCAUAUACUUUGGCGGUGGCAAAUCAACCAAAAGUCAUUUCGCACUCGCUCUUCCGUUCCACUUUGUUGAUUUAAACAUUUCGCAUGCUCCAGGGAUGCUGUUCGGCAGUGGCACUCGGCUCGGCGCUGCGUGUGAAAGUCGAAGCAACUUAAUUGAGCCAAGUACGAGCCGAAACAUUGAGGUAGUGCGACACAUUCUUGGUGGUUGCGUGCACGUGGUCACAUCGAAACGCGCUUCAAUGUAACCGAGGCAUCAGUCGAAUAAGUAAAAUUGCAUAUUUUACAAAAACAACAGCUAAAGUGUAUAGCAACAACAAGUAGCUGUAGUAAACUAAUGCCGCAGUCCCGCGCUUUGCUUCGCCCGUUAUACUUGUAAUAGUAAAUCAGUAGCAUACUUGUAGGAGUGCGUGAUUGUACACAUUUUUUAUGUUGUUGCAGCAGUCACUUUACGCUUCGCGCGAGUUUGUCACAUUGCUUGAAAGUGAUUUAUUGCGAUAUGUGUUUUCUUAGUGCGAGUGUUUGGGCCUUCAAAGCAGCUAGAAAGUGCAAGUGAAAUUAUUAGUUAUUUGGAAGUUGAAAUUGAAGCAAGAUUUUUAUGCUGAAUUUGUGAAUUUUUUUAAUUUUUUAGUGCCGUGUUAGUGGAUUUUAAAACAUAUAUGUUUUCUAGAUUUAAUAAUUCUUGUUAAUGAAAUAAAGAUGUAUCUGCGUAUUUUUGAAACAGUUGUGAAAGUUUUUAUGUCAAUCAUUUAAAUAAUAUUUAACUUAAAAUUAAUUCUAAUUUCAUCUACUGAUGCUUAUUUAAGACAACUCGAAAUAUUGGCGGUUGGUUCCUAUUCGAGUAUCAAAAAAGAAAAUACAAAUGAAAAUAACUCUAAAACCGUAUUUGGAAACAAAAUGCUGUAGCCGGGAUAAAUAAAAAUGUGUGGUAUCAAAAUUGCUGCUCCAAACACUAUGGAGAAUAAUCAGUUUUAAUUAGUUUUGAGUCCGCUGAGCACCCAGUUUGCAUAGAACUAGAUCAGCUCAUUCAAUAACGUCCCAACACCUUCCUUUCACAUCUUCGAGGAGUGUGCUAUCUCAUACAACCUCUAAUUACAAUCUUUCAAAACCUUCUAAAUAAUUUUGAACGAGUUUUUACCAAUGUCGUUUGGACGUCUAUUGUUUUUAUCGUUUUCUGCUGCUCGCAUGGCCUAUUCGAAGUUAAGCAAACCAAUAACCAAUACUUGCUUCCCUUAGCAAAGAGCGCAAAUAAUACACAUUAGUCCAACUUUUGGAGUCAGUGGAGUACUUUUAAUUUAAAAAUAGUCUUAAGUAGUCAUUAACAUACAAAACUGAUUUUAAUGCAGUUUUAUUACGAAAUGCUGAAACUAGCAUUACUCGAAAUGCUACAUCUCACGAAUUAAUCAUCCACCAGCUGUGAUAUUUUUACACUAGUUUCAUGAAGAUUAUAUCUCACUUCAAAACAUAUGGAUUCAAUUUCAGCGGUACUCUCUAGUAGGAGCUGUACGAAACUUUUCGACUACUCAAAUAAGGAAAAAAUGGUAACUUUUAAAAUUAAUCUAAAUUCUAUAUUAUCUUUCUUAGUCCGACAACCACUGGAAAUUCGUAUGGAACUUUAACCACAAUCCUGCCUAACGAACACUGAGUAGCUUUUAGAUCCUUUUUACUUAGGCCAAAUUGAAAAUUAUGGUUUUCAGAUAUAUUGUAUAUGAGUAGCUCACACCUAGUAAUAAUCAUGCUGUUUAAACAAUUUCGAGUCUUAAAUCUGAGCCAUCUAUUGAAGAAGAUUCCGAAAAUAAUAUAGAAAAUAAUUGUUUUCCAUGCCAAAUGUAGACCAAUUUGGUACCAAUUAUUCGACCAAUCUCGAUGAAUUUAGAAAUUAUAAAGGAUAUUUUUAUUAACAGUAGCACAUUCCAUAAACGAAAAGUAGUAUAAAUAAAAUAAAAAAUAGAGGUUUUUUAAAAGAGUAAGUCAGUAGGUCUAGGUGUAAAAUUUUGAAUAAGGAAAUAUUUAGAUGGCGAGUUGACAACUUUUAUCUAAGUAAAAAGUUCCAAAUAUUUAUUUUCCAAAUUGUUACAACAUAUUUAGUGAAUCGUGGUUUAAAUUUUCGAAAAUCACUAAUAUUUACGUCGAAGGAAAUGAAAAAUAAACUACAUAUAACAAACACAAAAAUAAAAUAAAAGCUAAGAAUAAUUGAUAAUAAUAAAUAUUAAUUAUUUCUAAUGACAAUUGUAUGCUGCCAAAAAUUCUAAGUGGUCCAGUGUAUCCAUAUCAUGCAAAAUAAACCUAAAUAAAUUACAAGAAAAAUAAUAAGCGAAAAGUAUGAAGAAGAAAAUAAAAAAACGCAAAAACAGCGAACUGGAAACGAAAGUACAAUAACAAGCACUAAAGAAAAGUUCAAGUGAAAGGAGAGAUAUGUAUUUAUAAAUAUAAGUGAGAAUUUAUAUAAAUAAACAUAUAAACACAUACAUGUUGUAAAAGUAUUUUUGUGUGCGUGUGUGCUUAAAUUAAAUUGCGUAAUAGUGUAAUUCACACAUAUGUAUGUACGCCCAAUUGGGGUUAAGCUAAUUGGGGAGGCAAGCACGUAACUGCCGACGAAAAGGUGGCGGAGAAAACCAAAAAGCACAACAAAACAUACCAAUGUAAUAGUAAAUAACAACCACAAUCACAAGCAAGCAAUAAUACUUUCGCGCAACAUAAAAGCAUAAAGCGAAGAAAAGUAGUAACAACAACACCUAAAGUAGCGAAAACAAGCAAGCAUGCCAUUCGGCCGCAAAUCACCAUUGGAGGCGCUCGCCCUGCCCGGCGUUAUUUUGGCCUACAAAUACAGUCAAUUUCGGCAAAGACGCCGCGAGGCAGCCAGCCGACGUGUAACGGAACGUGAGUUGGUCGCGCUGCAUCAUAAAAUCGACAAAUUGCUGAGCAAACUAGAAGAAAGCGAACCGGAUCCACCAACUUCGCAGGAAGAUGAAUGUGUUAUCUGCAUAAAUGCGCGUGCGACCAUGCAAACGUCACCAUGUGGUCAUCGUGUUGUCUGUCGUCGAUGCUUUGUCAAGACAAUACAAAGUGCCGUAGCACAGCGACUGCUACCACUACGCUGUGUGAUCUGUCGUGCACGUGUGAAUCGCCUCACCUCCAGCUCGGGCACUUGGCGCAUACAAGAGUCGGCGAGCAGCUAUUCCAUGGGUGCCAAAAGUUGGGCUUCCGCUGGUGUCGGUGCGGGUGGCGUGCACGCCUCAGCUAGUUCCUAUUCGAUGGGCGAUGCGCACAGCGGCCACCAUGCCUUCCAUCCGCAUCCCGCGCUGCAUGGUCGUUAUCCCCGCAGUCUGAAUGGUGGCGACCAUGUUGCACAAUCGGAUAGUUUGUAUUCGAUGAGUUCGACGGGUUCAUCGUCACUGUCGGGAGUCUCACAUAUGUCCGCCUACUCUAAGACGUCUUCCAUUUCGAGUGGACUCUGCUCACCCGCCUCACCCAUAUCACCAUCUGCCAUGUCAGCGUAUACACAGACACCGGUGCUGAAUAAUCAUUUGGCGCCACCCGGCGCAUCGACAUCACAUGGUACACUCACGCCAUCGCCUUCCGGCUCAUCCGUUUCAGGUUCACUCUCGCCACGCGAUGACCAUGAACAUCAUUCCCAUUCACACUCGGGUGGUUGUCCGGCGGGCUGCUCGGGUGCUAUACCGCGAAAGCCACUCAAUUCUUUGAGUAAUUCUUCAUCGAGCGGUUCGAGUAUUAGCAGCUGCAGCAGUUUUCCGCCCGUUACGCAUACUUAUCCCGGUCGCCGUUAUACCAAGGGACGACUGACGGAUCUACAAAAUCGACUGCCACCAAUUAAGGAGUUCCGCAGUCCAGCCAAAGUGCCACAUCCUUCGCCAGUGCACAUCAGCAAUCCACGUUUUCGUUAUUCUUCUUACACCAAAUCCUCAUCGAGUGCGCAUGAAAUUACUCCUUUGCUAUGCGAACCUCCUUCACCUCCCAAAAGACCCAUGAACAUACUGGCGGGUUCAGCUUCAACUAAUGGUUUGUGUCCACCGCCAUUAAAGGCUGGUGGCAGUGCCAAAAUUAGUCCUCUGGUGUCGAAGAACUCUCUGCCAAAGAAUGCAUACACUGUGGGUAAUAAGGAUAAAAAGACGCUUAUAAAUAGUACCAGCGGCAAUACCGCCAAAGUGAAUGGGAAGCUUUUAAGUACAACAACAAACAACAGUAAUAGUAAGAAGGCGAAUUACGAUGCUAACGGUAAUAGCGUUUUAACGGCGUUAACCUCUAUACCGAAAUCGUCUGCGUCGAACCAAAACAGCAAUAAUAAAUCGUAUUCAGCACCAACCUCACGCUCCAACUCUUCCAACCGAAGUUUUCCACUAUUCUCCAAUACCAAUAGUAAUCACAAGGAGAAAGCCGACAAUAAGAAGAAUGAAUCUAUGGAGCGUAAAAAGAAGGAGGAGAAACUUAAAAUGAAAGCGGAAAAGGAAGCGAGAAAGGUGGGUGUACGUCAACGUGACGAUACUGCAACGACACGAACUAACGGUGUUUGUAAAGAUGAACAUAACAAAAAUACUAAGCAAAAUAAUAUAAAAAAUGUUGGUGGUGAUAAAGAUGAUUAUGAGGAUGAUGAUAAAGAAGAUGAUGCACAGAACGUCAAUGAUGGUCGCAAUGGUGGUGGUGUUGGUGUCGGUGGAAGAGAAGCGUCUCGCCAAGGAAGAGGAACGUUUAGCGAAGCUAAUUGCUAAGGAAGAGAAGAAAAAGGGCAAAAAGGAAGCUAAGGAACUACUCAUCGCAAAUGAUGGCAACUCCAAGAAGUGAGGAUUAUAAAUUGCUAAUGAAAAUAUAUGGAUUAUAAAUGUAUGACGGAAGAAGAGUUAUAAAUAAUAUUUAAUAAAUGAUAAUUACCCAUUCCAACAAUAAAGCGGCUUAAAAAAUGUAUCUUCAAUAACUCGAAGAAACACUAAAUAACAAUAAAAAGUGCAAUUAUAGGCUGACAAGACUCAAGUGUAGACAAAAUAUACUUGUUUUCAUGCGAAAAGUUAUGAAUUAGGUGCAAAGUGUACUAAAUUACUUGCGAGAAUUACUAAAUUGUGUUCUAAAAUAACUAAAGCGAACGGAGCAUAUAAUUGAGUACUAAUAUUCUGUAUGUAUGUACUCAAUUCUGUACUAAAAUUGAGAACAAAAACUACAAAUUUAAAUGCAAAAAGUAGUAAAAGUAAAUUUUUUACUAAUAUUACUAAAAAACCACGUAAAAUUUCUAUUUACAUACUGUAAGUCUAAAAAUACGCUCCAGAUGUAAUGAAUUGUAUUCAAUAUCUACUGAAUAAUAUGCAGGAAGUACUAAAUUCUGUACUAAAAGUAAUAAAUAGUAUGCGAAAGUACAAAAUUACGAGCAAUAUGUACGAUAUGUUUACCAUAAGUACUACAUUUAAUGGAAAACUACUGAAAAACCGAAAUUUGUCGUGCUUAAUAAACGGAAAUAAAUACAGAAAAUACUGAAUUGUAACCAUAAAGUUCUAAAAUAAUAAAUAAUAAAUUUAAAUAAACAGCACUAUCGUAUCAGACCAGAAAAUUUCAUAAAUUUUAUCAGUACUACUAAAUAACAAGCAAAGAAUUCUAAAUUUCAUACAAAGUGUGCUAAAUUGCGUAAAAGUAAAUGCAAUAGUAGUAGAAUAUGAGCAAGAUUAUACAGAAUCAGAUAGUCUAGCAUAAAUUCCUCAAGUAUUUCUUUACAAACCAAAAGUACUAAAAGGGAACUCAUACUAAAAACCACUACUCUUACUGCAAACGAGUAGUACUAAAUUUUAUGAAAACGUAUUAUGUUACAAAACUAAAGUAUGAAAAAUUCAUAGAAAAGUGCUGAAAUGCUUUAUAAAAAUACAAAAUGCACGCUGUAAGUAAUAAAAUGUCGUAAGCGGUACACAAAUAAACACAAAAAUUACUAAACUGCUAGGGGGUAUACAAAUGGUACUAAACUUCAAACGAAAAUUACUGAAUGCAUGCAACAAGAACUAAAUUAUGUACUAAAACUACCUAUUCAAAACUAUACACUACUCCAAAGCAACUCUGAAAUAAAAACCACAAAUUCUUCAAAAAAAUACAUAUUUACAACUACAUACAGAAGCAAAAUUUCUAAAUUACAACAAAGAUUCUAAGCAACACAGUAACUACUACUCAGUACUUUCUAAAUAUUGCUAUAAUUAUAGCAAUGGUAUAAAAAAUCGUUAGCUACGUACAUAGGUACGUAGGUGCUUACUUAUGUGAAUUUAACUAGUAAGCUGUGCACUCCCUUAUCGGUACAUAAUAUAUUCAUUGUACUAUGAAGUGAAUAUAUAAACGAUAAUUUUUAAUAAAUAAAAAUACAAUUACAUAAUAUUAACUUAAAUUGUACUUUAUAUCGACCUAAAGUAAUUGAAUUUUAAUUAAUUGAUGUAGUUAAUCCAAUAAAUGCCAAUUGACAAACACCAAACCGUAAUAAAUAGAAUUUGAAAACAAUCAAAUUAAAAUAAAUAUAAUUUUAAAUGGUUUAGUGCUUCUAAAUGUUUUCAAAUCUAUUUUAAAAUUUGUACAUAUGUAUUUUAGAUUUUCUUUUAAAGAAAAACGGAAAAGUUUAAAAUGGUUCAUAAGACGUUCGAGAAGAGUAUUUCAACAUGGUAACCCUUUUUUCUGAGACCACACAACUGUGGAAGUUAUGGUGUGGAUUAAUAAUACAUCAGAGUUCUAUCUUUUAUCAAUUACUAAACAAACUGAAUUAAACAACUGAAUAGGUUUAGUCCUAAUUUUUUUUUUAUAAAUUUAUUCUUCGUACUAAACUCACUUUAUGAUCGUCUGACAUUCAUAGAUUAAAUUUUCUUUUGGGAAAUUCAUAUUACUUGUCAGACAUUUCUUGCCAAUAAACCAUUAAAAAGAAAAGUUGCCUCAAAGUCUUCUAUUAAAAUUCCACAUAAUAUUUAUCUAAAUGGAAACAUAUAUUCGUACUCGAAAUGUAUUUACAUAUGUGUAUGUAAUUGUACAUACAUUUGUUUCUGAAAAUUUCUUCUUUUAUUGUACAACACUCUGCCGCCAGUUGCAGAAUUCAAAGUUGAGAAGAGGCCUUAACGUAGCACAUAACGCUUUUCUGCUUUUAACGUGCCGGGAAUUAUGAUAUAGAUAAGAAUAAAAAUAAAAAAUAAAUAAGCCGACUUCUAUUCGCCACAUCUCUGCUCACUGGUUUUUUGUUUGUUCGGUUCACAACCCGUAAUAUUUUCUUAUGUCUAGGAGGUUCGAUCAUAUAAUAAUACCAAUGUUUGACUUUAAUCACAAUUUCCUUAAGUUUUUCGAUAUUAUUGAGCUUGCGUUGUGGCCGCCACAUGCGACAAGUUGUUUACGAUCUCGCAACACCCAUAAAUGAUUUACACCAACACGGAAAAGGUUGUAGCAAGUAAACGGAGCAGACUUAGUAAAAAUUUAUUAGGUUACUAUUUCUUGGAUCUCUUCUUUUUUUUAUUUUAUCCGCUGAAGUGUUUUGCUUCAAUAUUUUUAACAAAAUUAUUCAAAAAUUCGUUCUGCAUAUCUAAAUACCUACAUACAUACCAGUAUGUAUAUAUUUUUUAUAAGGAUAAAGAAUAAUAAGAAAUUAAAUUUUACUUAUGUACAUCUUUGCUAUAAUACUUUUUAUUAAUAUUUAAUUUAUUUCCACGUCCACUCUUUUAUCUACUUUCGAUAUUUACGAUUUUUUUAAAUCCACAAAAAAUUGUUGCUUAUUAAAUCAAACUUUUAUACACAUUCCUAUGCAAAUAUAUUUUUAUUUUUAGGUGUUUAUUCUUAGUUUACUUAAAAACUAGCGGUUAAAGUUGUAAGAAAAAACAUUCAAAAAUACAAAAUAAAGUCAAAUUCUAAAAUUAAAAUUCUUCUUACUGAAAAAAAUUAACAAAAAAUACCUAAGAAAUUAUUCAAUAACUUAAUUUUUUACAGCAGUAACUAGAAAUCAAUAGGUGUAUGUCAGUAGAAUUUUCAAAGAAAAAAGUUGCAAGUGUAUAUUUUAUAUUAAAAAGUUUAUUGAAAUGAAUAUUUGAAAAAAAAUAUAUAUUCUAACUUCAAGUGAGUUAUUUCUAUAACAGAUUUUUACAAUGAAUAAUUGUAUUAAAAUAAAAAGGUUUAGCAAGAAUAUUUAUAGCAUAUACUGUAUGUAGUUUCAAUCCAAUGAAAGUAUGUAUUUGUACUCAAUAUAUGCAUAGUUCGAAAUGUAAAAAAAAAACAACAUAUUUAGUAGUUUUCGUAUUUACAUUUACAUAAAAUGAAAAUAAUUUAUUACUAAUAAUUAAUUUCCAUUGGCGAAAUGCGGCGCAAUUUUCUGUACACACAUAUGUACUAAACUUUAUAGACUUAUAUAGAUAUGUAUAUACUUCUGUAUGUAUAUUUAAUUUAAGUACCGUUAAUAUAAUACAUACAUAUACAUAUGUAUGCUCAUAUAUCACAUAUAUGAUUUGUGAUCAUUAGUUACUUAUGUUUGUAUAUUUUGUGAUUAGCUGUAGGCAAGGCGAGCAAAAUUCUAUACACAAUUAUUUCAAUUAAAUGAAAAGAUUACAAAUGGAAAAACAAAUAAAACAAAAACUAAACAUUAAUCGUGUGUCUAUGAAAUGUCUGAAAUUGAAGGCGAAUCAAAGCGCAACAACAAGAAAUCAGUAAAGAUCAUAAAGCUGAUGAAGCAGAUUAGCUACAUAUAAACAUACUUCUAUAUAUAUAUAUAUAUACAUCCUUAAACAGUAUAUAAAGAAGACAAAGUAAUUUUAAGUAAUUAGUUAAUAUGUAAUUGAAGUUAUUAUGCAUUGGUGCAUACCAACAGCUAUGCAAAGCCAACCUUAACAACAACAACAGUAACAUUGAAAGUAUUCAAAUGAAAAGCAAUGAAUUUUAUGUUACAAGUACAUAUAGUGUUAAAUUAAGAACAACAAUAAAAAAAUUGUUAUUUAGUUAUAAAAUAUA